AUGAUAAACUGGAAUAUCCGUGUUACCUGGACCAGCCAAAAGGGUGGUCACAAGUCGCAAGCUUUCUUGAGAGUUGCGAUAGUUUCAGUAUCUAUCGUGGGUUCGCAUCUCUUCACACAAAGAGUGUUAUUAUUCCGAACGAACAGGAUCGUAGCACCACAUAAAAAACUUCAUGAUUUAGAUCUGGGUGAUGCCAGAAACGGAGAUGCAUCGGACAGACUCAGAGACAUUUCUCAAGCUGAAGCUCUGGAACUUGAGCUUGAGCAAGAGAAGGUAAUUCUGAGUUUGAAUGAAGAGUUACUUGCUUAUGGUGCACUUUUGGUACAAUUCCAGAAGUUGAAAUCAUUUUCGCCGACAUCAGAGAAAGAUCACCUGUCUGUUUAUAGAUGGUUUUGCGGGGAGAAGCUGGUGGAUCUCGAACAAUGCGAAUAUAUGCGUCAACCGGAGGAUUUCAUCUCACUCGUUACCCCACAGAGCAACCGAUUGGAAAGAUUUGUUGAAGAUAAUUUGAAUACCCGGCCAAUAUCGUGGUUUCAAAAGUACUUGCUCGCCACGCCUAAACGCAACAACCCUACAGAAAAGACCGUCAAGUUCUUUUCUACUUUCCGUAUCAGUUUGUUUUCCAAACUACUGGUUGUUUGUAUGACAGUCUUAAUACUGCUCAUACCCGUGAUUCUCUUUUUGAGGAUAACGAUGGAGGCAGGGUGGAUGGCAUUUGCCGCGCUCGCAUUCGUAUUUCUCUUCAGCGUCAUGAUAAGUCUACUUACGGAUGCGGGGACUCAGGAGAUCUUCGUUGGAACGAGUGCUUAUUGCGCGGUGCUCGUUGUGUUUUUGGGAAAUCUAAAAGGACCAGCUUAG